UAGCCUACAUUUGACUUUUAAUUGAAUUGUUGGCCUGGUGUGUGUUUUUAUAAGCCCAGUUAAUUACGACAAUAAAUUAGGUAUUUAUUAAACUGUUAGUAACCUACAUUUUAUUUGCCAAAUGAGGUCGUGAGAGAUAUCAGAAGGCGCUUUUCAAGUAAGUCAAUUCAAGUAAAGGAGGUGAAGUCAUCCUUUCACACCGCGUGUUGAGAGUGUCUUUGAACAUUAAGCGGCGCUGUAACCAAGCAACAUUUUCCGUCAAGCUUAAAUCCCCGGAGUGAGAGAGCUAGAGAGGGAAAGAGAGAGAGAGGGACUGGGAGGAAGAGCUCUUCCCUCUUCCUCUCUCGGUGUUCGUGCCGUACACAGCGGACCCUCUCCCCUGUCUUCUCCCCGCGCGCUCACCCUACAGGCGGCGGCAGGUGUGUGUGUGUGUGCGUGCGUGCGCAUGUGUAUGCGUGCAUGUCCGCCGAAGCUUUUUCCACUUUGCCCACGCUUGGCGGAGACAUUUGGAUGUCUCGGCGCUAACUCGCACCGUGAGCAGCCCGGUCGCAGCCCGAGGAUGCUGCAGUGAUCGACAGCAGAGCCGCUUCUCCGCCCGGAUCUCGCGCUCAGCUGUUGCUCCAGAGGGGGGUGGAAGAGUCGCAAGCAACAGAAGGAAGAAAAAACGGCACACAAAAAGCCUCAACCAUGCGAAGGACUUUCUCCCGGUAGCCGUUUUCCACUUCAAUUUGACCGGGGGAGCGGAUGCGAGCAGAGGUCGUCCACGAGCCUCUCGUCUAUUUUCUGCCCCUUUUCGUCGGAGGAGCUGUGCCAAAUGGAGAAGGCGACUCCGCCGCCGCCCCCCCAGCCGCAGCUCCAGCUGUCGAUAGCGAAGGCUGAAAGUCCGGCGGAGGACAUCUCCGGCGUAGCCGACGAGGAGCUGCUCAAGUGGACCAAGGAGGAUCUGGUGCGGCGGCUGAGGCGAUCCGAGGCCGACAAGAUGAGCGUGAUUCUGGACCACGGGAAUCUCAUCCGAGAGGUCAAUCGCAGCCUCCAGCUGCACUUGAACGAGAUCAGGGGGCUGAAGGAUAUUAAUCAGAAGCUGCAGGAGGACAACCGUGAGCUGCGGGACUUGUGCUGCUUCCUGGAUGACGACCGACAGAAAGGCAAGCGUGUAUCCAGGGAGUGGCAGCGCUUGGGACGUUACAGUGCCAGCAUCAUGCGCAAAGAGGUGGCCCUCUACCUCCAGAAACUGAAGGAGCUGGAGCUCCGACAGGAAGAGGUAAUCCGGGAGAACCUGGAGCUGAAGGAGCUCUGCCUACUGCUGGACGAGGAGAAAGGGGUGGUAGCAGGAGGAGGUGGAGGAGGAGGAGGGAGUGCCGGGCUGGGAGGGUGCCGCAACUCCAUAGACAGCCAGAGUAGUUUGCUACUGGUGCCCGGGCAGGGCCUCCUGCUGAGAGAUGUCGGAGACGGAAGCAGCACCUCCAGCGCAGGGAGCAUUGACAGCUCCGAUCACCCUCAACAUAAGCAGCCUCACUUGGCUCCGGGGGUGUGCGGGGUUGGUGGCGGCGGGGAAAAAGGGAGCCCCGAGCUUGUGCACAAACCCAGGUGCAGCAGCAUCAGUGGAAUAGGAGGUAUAAGUGGGGGUGGUAGGGAGGUUCCCAGCCCUGAGCACCCUGCUGGGCGCCACCGGAGUACAAGCCUGGAGUACCCAUACACGCUGCCCCAGCUAUCCCGGCCGCGCUGCGGCUCCAUAUCCGUGCCUGACCACAGUCGAGCCAUGAGGGGCCUCAGCCCGGAGAAAUACGGGAGGAACGUGGGCCGGCGCAGUCCGGAGCAGCACCCCAAGCACCACAGCUCCGAUCUCCUCCUGGGCCAGAGGCAGCACUUCCUGGGUCAGGGAGGCAGCGGGGAGCUCUACCAGAGGCACCACAGGAGCAGCAUCAGCAGUUUGGGCUGCGGGAGCCCCGAGUCCCGGCAGGCUCAUUUAGGGGCCUCUGAGCACCAUGAAAAAGGCUGCGUGUUCACAGGAGGAAGCCCUGAAACUCAGAGGCACCAGUACAGCUUGAGCCCUGACCAUGUGAAGUUUGGCAGCCCUGUGAGAGACGGGCAGAGGAGGCCCGCAGGAGACGAGCUGUCGCCACACCAUCGCGGCAUCUACAACGGCAUGAAUGCUUUGAUAUCAGCCGGCUGCUGCACCAACAACUGCAGAAAUGUCAAGCUAUGGGACAGCUUUGAUGCCUCCUCUUGACCCCAGCUCCCCUCAAGCGGAGCAGAGGUCACAGUGGUAAAGCCCUCCUCUGGCCUUCAUGGACACGAGAGCCCCUGGAUGCCAUCUUCUCCGACUCCGGAUGGCCUGCCGUCCACGGCUCCUUCCACGUCCAUAGCCCUGAAACAGCCCGCCUCCAUGUUAUCAUUUCUACAUAUCGAGAGUUUAUGAGGAGAGGGGGUUUUGGGGAAGGAUGCUAUUAGCACGGAUGGAAAAUCUCGCAAAGACUGCCACAGCUCAAUGGAUUAGAGCGGAUAUCUCUCCCUUCCGACUGUGACACAGCUACGUCCCAGAGACACGGAGGGACGCUGGAGAUCAGUGAGAGAAGAUAGAGGACUCUUUAGUAUUUGUGGCUGCUAUCCUCUGUUUACAAAUGUUCACCAUUGGCGGAGAAGCACAUGAAUUAACAUUUCUAUCUUAACCUUUAUUUGUCCGCUGCUCCCUGUCUAACCUCUUCCUCCCUCGUCCCCUUCAUCUUCAAAUACCCCUUAUCUUCAGUGUGUAAUGAGACUGGUGUAAUCUAAUGUUUUGUCUCUCCAAUCCAGCUGCUCACAUGGUUGCCAUUUUCUUCAAUGUUUUCAGACGUUUCAGCUGAAUUUAAAAAACAAACAAAAAGCAUAUUUGUCAAAGAUGUUCUAGCAAAGUAAAAAGAAACCUCUUCCUGUGUCUUAAACCGAGAUGGGCAUCAUUACAAGCUGCUGACAGAUGUUCUAGUUCUAUAAGAUGCAAAUGUUCAGGUGUAAUCUUUCUUUUUUGUAUCAUCUUCUUUGCUCUCUUAAAGCGCCUAUAUUGAAGCUGGGGAGAAGAUUAUAUGUUUCUCCAUGUGUUUUUUUUACAAGGAAGUAAAGUCCAAGUAAAAAGUAGAUUAUUGGAAUAGUUUUCUAUAUAUCUAUAUAUAAAUAUAUUAUAAUUAUUAUUUUUGACUUACUGGUGUUAGAACUAUUAUAUGAAGAUGCAUAUGAUAUAUAACCAAUAAUAAACAUAACUUCUUUAUGUAAAAGUGCAUUGCUUGUUCAGGUUUUAUUUUGGUUUGCUGUAUAAUGACUCAGGCAAGAGUGUGCUGACCUUUACAGCCAAAUGUCAUAUUAGACACAUUUGUUAAUGCCGAUUAUAGGUUAGGAAAGUCACAUACACCAGGAAUGAAUAUAAAGGAUCAGAGCUAGCUGUUUCUCAGUUAUUUGGCGCAAACCCAUAUGGUUCAAUAAUGAUUAUAAUGCCAGAAGGGCAUCCUAACUGUCGCACAUUAAACAUCCUACGUCGCCUUUUCCCAUCCUGUCGGUUUUGAGACAAUGGGGUCAAACUGGGAGGAAUUUCCUGUUAAGUCACUGGAGCUGUAACAAGCAGAUCCCCUUCCUCUGCACCCGUCGCCUUUCCUCACAUCCUGACGCCUCAAUCCAGUUGUGCUACAACAUCUGCUACACUGCUAAGGAUUUCUGACACCUAUAUAUGUGUGGGGGGGUGCUUUUAUGAUUUGAUUAAAGGGUAAAGCUGAAGAUGUAACAAUGAUGUGGACCAUCUCUUGAAAACUUACUGUCCAUGGCUCUAUUUCUACUAAAAAGGUACAACUUUAAAAGCUGGUCACGAAAAUAAAGUUUCAUCAAAUGAAUUAAAUUUCCUGAACUUAGCAGUGAGUUUUUUAACGAAUGCAGUCAAGGAGAACUAAACACAGCAUUUCUCUAACAUUUUGCAGCCGGAAAUUAACAAACGUUUGGUGCUCUUUUG